AUGGAGACGCAAUUUGCGCCAAUGAAGUCUCUGGGUUACCCUUCCCAGGAGAUAGUAUCCAAGCCAGCCAAAGAUGUCAACCAGCAACUUGCCGACCAACGAAAAAAGCUACAAAAAGACACAGGCUUUGGUCUUUCAGUCAAAUCAUAUCAACAUUACAAUGGUCCAAGGAAGAAGAGUAGUCGCUCCAGGACAAGGUCAUCGCCUAAUGCGCAUGGCGGUGGUCAUAGUAACACGGAGGAAACGGCUUCAAGAGCCGAGGGAUGGAACAUCUCGUGGAUGGGUGUAUACGGUCAUGUUGUGGAGAGACAACAAGCCUUUUCGCCAUUAAAGCAACCAGGAGCACCCUUCAUCAGUGCAUCAGCGAAUGAUCGAUUACUACCACAUGCUGACGCGAUAUAUUGGCCACCGCCUGAAAAUGAGUUGCCAAGACAAGAUCAACGAGAGCUUGUGGAUCUAUUUUACACGCACUUUCAUCCACCAACACCUGUCCUCCGACGCUCGGUUUUCGAGGCUGAACUUGAGAAAUGCAUCAACAAUGAACAAUCAUCCUUUUUAUCGCCAUUCUUUUUCUAUUCAGCAUUCACCAUAGCAGCACAAUUUUCAGACCGAUUGAGAGAUACGAGGCAAUCUUUUUGUAUGCAACAAGCAUUGGCUUUUCGUCAAGUCUAUUUUGGUUAUCCAUGCAUCAGCUCUAUUGCAGCUUUGCUUAUGUUGUCGACUUUUAUGGAACGUACCAAGAUCCACCCCUACACCAACUAUUCUUGGGCAUUGGCUGGAGAAGCCUUCACCAUGGUGCAAGACCUUGGCCUGCAUAGAAUGUGUAACGUAAGCCCAAACCCGGCUGAUCAAGAGCUGGCGGCUCGUGUCUUUUGGGUUGCCUUUGUAUGUGAUCGUUUGCUAUGUGUGGUGACAGGUCGGCCUUUUACCUUUGACGAAAAGGACAUUGAUGUCACACUACCUAAGCUCACUGAAGAAGAGCGGCAGGAUCCCGGGGCUGAGGUGUAUCUACGCAACUUUAACUGCUUGAUCGACAUCAGCAAGGUCAUUGGUCGUGUCUUGCGCUUUAAUUUCUCGGCUCAAUCGGCUGAUUUCCGUGCUCCUUCCCUGCAUCAAGAGGCUAUGCUUUCUACAUUGGAUUCAUGGAUAGCUUCAUUGAUGAAAGAAUCCAUGGUCGACAAGUAUCCACAAGGCGUUGUCGGGAUUCAGCGACUCUUUGAUAUCCAAAAGAUGCUCAUGUUGUAUUGCAUGUUGAUUCUCUUACAUCAGCCUUAUGUGGAUGAGGUGCAAACAAAACCUGGCUAUAGCAGAAAGAACUCUGAGACACGACCCUCCUUUGAAAUAUGCUCAGCGUCAGCGACCAUCAUCAUCCACACUGUUUAUCAGCUUCCGCUUGUUGAUUUGCAAUACCUCGUCAAUCGAUCCGAAUCCUUGUAUGCCAUAUUGACCGCCACCAGAUUACAUCUCAUGAAUGCAUCCUCCCAACAUGACGCUGAAACUAUCAUGAAUGGUGAAAUCAACUUUUUACGUAGCAUGGCCGUUCUUGAGAAGCUCCAAUCACCGCCCAAAUCAUCCUUGACACAAACCAUAAGUGCAUUUCAAGAACGCUUUGAUAGUCGACCUGAUUCAAUUCUUUCGGAUUAUGCAGCGGAUCUUAUACGCAAAGAAGCAUGCACAGCACAAGCCAGUACACCUUUCUACUUGCAAUUCACCCCUGUCUUAAAAGCAGCAGGCGAAUCAUCACCCGCCAUUGAACAUGCUGAUACUAUCGUAUUUGAACAACACGUACCACCAACACCACAACCAUCCACUGAACGAUCCUUCAACAUUAGCAGUAACAAUAGCAACAACAAUAGCAGCAACAACAAUAACAACAACAACAAUAACAACAACAACCAUAACAACGCACGUGACAAUAACAAUACAAGUCGAACGGGUGCUGUCAAAUUUAUCCCAUUCAAAAAGCCGCCAACAAAGACGUCAAGAAAACGACGCGCAGGUGCACCUGUACCAGCAUCAUCAUCAUCAUCAACAACAACGCCAACAACACCAGCAUCAUCUUCAAGUACAGUAGUUUCAGAAUCAAGUGGGUAUAAUGGCAGUGUCCCCAUGAAUCAAUCAACACAACAUCAGCAGCAGCAAUAUCCAGCUACCACAACAACCGUUGCCACGGAUACGCCUUUGGCACAGCAACAAUCACAGCCUCCAUUAACAUUUAAUUCCACCUUUGAUGAUAUCUUUGUGACAAUGGCUUCCGAACAACAGCCUUUAUUUGGCGCGGCUCCCUUUGACAACGCCCAUGCUAUGCAGAUGGAAGGAAUACCAAACAUGUCCCUGACAACAAGUAGCACCAAUCAUUAUGUGUCACCUGCAACUGUUGCUGCUACCAGUAAUACAAGCAAUGAUCCUCAACAACCAUGGGUUAAUAUGGCUAAUGGAGGAAGAGAUGAUGAGGAGCAGACUUACUUUUUCCGUCAAGAUUGGGCAUUGGACCUACCUACCUUUGUUCCACUUGCACAGCAACAACAACAACAACAAUUACCAUUACAACAACCACAAGAGCAGCAGCAGCUGUCAAUACAACCACCACAUGACCAACAGCACAUGCCAUUACAGCAAUCCCAUGAACAAUUAUUACAACAACAACAACAACAUUUGCUAGUACAACAACAGUUGCAGGACCAACAACAACAACAACAGCCGUCAUUCCCACCACCAUCAACAUCAGGAAUAGAUCCACAGCAAUUGCAGCCACAAAUGACAACAGUAGCAGCAGCGCCUGCCAUGGUAUCUGGAUUUUACCCGCAUCAUGCUUGGAAUCAGCAACCACCGAUUGAUGUAUGGGGGGCAGCAUCCAGCGCAUCCACUUGA